AUGUGGGCCUCGUCCCCGAUGGUGUCUGCACCCUCGCCACGACCGCCAUGUCUUCCCAAAAUCGCCAUCCCCUCCACAACCACCACCAAUCCGGCGGUUCAGAGAUGCUUUUUCACCUUGGCCGUCUCAAACAAGUCUCAACGCCCACCACCGCCGCCGCAGGAUAAAAAUAACCCCUCCGCCAAAAAAAACUUUGGGGGUUCAGGCCUCAGCGUCCUUGCCGCUGUCAAAUCCAACCCACAAACCAAACCCUUCAACAACCCACCUGCCCAGAAUAACACCGCCCCAAUCAAAACCAACCCAAAACAACAGCAGCAGGAGGAGGGAAAACCAAUUGGGAAAGAAGAGAGAGAGCUGAGUGGUUCGGAUGUGUUAUUGGCGUUACGAAGAGCCAGCGCUCAGAAAAUCAAGACCAAGAAGCGCAGAGAAUAUCCUCCUCCUUCUUCUUUGUCGUCGUCGUCGACCAAAAAGCGAGUAGCUGCUGCUGAGGUCAAUUAUGGGGAUGUUCGACCCAUUUGCGUAAAAAGCGAGUGGAUUACUCGUGUGGACGAAUUGGAAAAGCGUCUUCAGGAGCUCAUGGAUGAAGUUCAAUGA